AUUUUGUUUUAGUUGAAAAACAUAUAAGUAAUGUCCGAGUCCGCAGAUGAUUUGGAAGACGUACAAGUAGUAACGUAUGAGUCCACAGAUAAUUUUGAAAACGUACAAGCAAUGUCUGAGUCUGCAGAUAAUUUUGAAAACGUACAAGCAAUGUCUGAGUCCGCAGAUAAUUUGGAAGACGUACAAGUAAUGUCUGAGUCCGCAGAUGAUUUGGAAGACGUACAAAUAAUAUCCGAGUCCACCGAUAAUCCUAAUUGUGAAGAAAAUAAUGAUGAAACUUCACGAUCAAAUCUUAAGCGGACGCACUCCGAGGAGGCCUCAGGAGAUGAAGGAAAUCCAGCAACCAUCCCCAAACAGCCACGUACUGAGAAUGAUUUAGAGUGCACAUUUAAAGAUGGACCAUUUAUGAGAACAUUAGACGUUGUAUUGAAACCUAUGAUAUUGAAACCAAAACGUCCCAGACUUAUCGCAACUCAGGACAUCGAACUAAAGUUGUCUGACCCUCAAAUGGUACUGUUCAACAAAGCCAAAGAGUUGAACUACAAGAAGUAUGAAGUUGUAAUUAGAUUCGGGAGAAAUGAUACGACUGUUGAGAAAAUUGAUUGCUAUCCAUCCAGACUGAGCGUUUACGUUAACAAUGUCUUAGUCAAUCUGCCGGUUACCAUUGAAGGUGCAUCUGGAGAUGCAAUGCCAAUAAUUAUCACCCACUAUUUAAAAUUCCGACCAAACAUACUAAAUUCACUCUGGGUAAGAUGGAAAAAUACUCCGACAAUUGAAUAUGUAAUGGGUGUGUAUGUUACUAAACUAAACUUGUAUGAAGAUAUCCUUAAAACAUUUGUUGACACCUGUACCAGGGAUGCAAAUAUAACAAGGGAGAUUAUAAGAAAGAAGUUUUCGGAACAUGAUGACUGUGUGGUGGUAUCGAAGAAUAACAAAAUAGAUAUUUCGCUCUUGUGUCCUGUGACCAAGAAUCGCAUGGAGUAUCCUUGCCGGGCCACCACUUGUACCCAUUUGCAAUGCUUUGACGGAAAUAUAUUUUUAAAAAUGAACAAUGAAAGACCGAGAUGGAGAUGUCCAAUUUGUAACAACGCUGCCAUAUAUAGAGAUUUGUUUUUGGAUAGUUUUUUCAAAAACAUUUUGGAUUCGGAAGCCCUACCUGCUAGUGCAGAAGAAAUUCAAGUACAUCAGGACGGAAGUUGGAAUGUUGUGCAAGAAGAAGUGGAACAAAUAGUUUUAUAAUUAAUUUCAUUACCUUAAAUAUUAUUGUGAUAUCGAUUUAACUACAUUAACGAAUACAACUGCUUCUCAUUAUGUAUUAUGUAUAGUUAAUUAGUUACUUUAAAUAUUUUUGUGAUAUCGAUUUAACUACAUUAACGAAUGCAACUGUUUCUCAUUAUGUAUUAUGUAUAGUUAAUUAGUUACUUUGGUAUAAUUUUUUUAUUUGUAAUUUAAAUUUAAUUGAGAAAUAAAUUUAUCAAAAGUAAUUUUAUA